AUGAGUUUUGCAUCGACUUCCAUUCAAUCGUCCUCGUUGCUGUUUUCGACGAGGAGUUCUUCGUCGUUCAAGAAGACGACUAAUCCGAAAUCAUCCGCCAGAAGAUCUUCUCUUAAAGUCUCCGCAUCGGCCGAAGCCGAUGCGGCGAAAAUCAAAGUCACCGACGUGAAAGAAACCUUAGGUCGCGGGUUUAUUUUGGUGGACAUUCGAUCUCCGGAGGAAGUCGCGGAGACUGGGUCGAAGUUUUCCUGGGAGAAAAUCCCGAUCGCAGCCAUGGACGAUGAAGGAAAUCCAAUGAGCAACCCGAACUUUUUGGCUCUGAUUAAGAACAAGUUCCCGAACUCGAUGAGUCGAAUUUUGUUGGCGUGCGACGACGGGACGUUUCGAUCGGAGUUGGCGCACAAGCUCAUCACGCAGAAAUUGGGGUAUUCGCAGGUAAAGAUUAUCGAAGGCGGCAUCGACGCGUACAUUGAGUUUCAGCCGUUGACGAAGGAGGACAAGAUCAAGGUUAGAAUGGUGGCGCAAGCGGGCAACGACUUGUCCAUGCUGGUCUCCGGCGUCGAUACCAGACAAGCUGGACAAAAGUUGUAUUAA